CGUCCAUUUUUUUUGCACACUCAGCGGGAGCAACAAAAAUAAUAAACACAACACCACAGAGCGAGAAAGGGAGAGAAUGCUCUAUACCCUCUGACAUUUGCUCCUCCAAUUUCAAUUCCAAAAUCGAAUCCCAAGGAACACAACAUCACAGCAACAACAACAACAACAACAAACCGAACAAACAACUUUGACGGCUGCUGCCGCUGUCGCUUCUCUGUGGGUGAUCUGCCAUGUCCGCAACUCUGUUCGAGAUGGCUGAGGAUCAACAAUUGGUUAUGGAACAGGAGCAAUUGGUCUCUUGUUUGGCAUCGAUGGAGCUAACCGAGGUCAUUACCCCGUCAGGCAACAAUUGUGAUGGCAGUGACAGUGGCUUGGAUGUGGCCACCAGCAGCAGUUGUUGCCUCUCCCGUGUCACACUGCAGCGUGGUCUGAGUAGCACCAGUGGUGGUUACACCAGUAGCAAUGGCCUCGAGGAAAUCUACGACAGUUGUGAACUGAAAGUGGAGACCACCACACCAAACAGACGUCCAAACGGCGGUGGUGGUGGUGGUGGCACUGUGAAAAAGAAGGUCGCCAUGUUCGAACCAGAUUCAGAUCAGAAGACAGCAACAACAACAACCACGCCAACGGGAAAAACGAAUAGACAAGAAACGGAACGUAAUAACCGUAUGGCUGCCCAAUUGAAGAGGGCAGCCAGUUUGCCCAGGAACAGUCCGGCAGCUCCAAUGACACCGCUCACACCGAGAGACAAAUCGACAUCAAGGCUAACGACAACGUCCUCGUUUCGUGUGCCCAGCUCCUCGUUGACUCCAUCGCGUAUGGCACGCCCACAGAAACCAGAUACUUUGCCAAGUGCAUUGAAUCGCGCCCAAUCAGUGCAGCGUUUGACACAAGUGCAGAGAACCCCGUCCCUGAGUCGGGCUAGAACACCGGGAACCCCCUCCGAUAAUGAUAAUCGCUGGCCGGCCAAUCGUGGGUCGUCGGCUCGUCGGGGCAUGUCAGUGACACCAGAUGUAAUGGUCAAUAGUCGCGGGGGCGGUGGAGCCGGAGCCGGCGCCGGUAAGGGCAGAAAUAGUCCAGCUCCGGGUGGUACACUACCGCGACGACGUAAACAGCAGUCGGUUGAAGAUUUAACUGGCGGACUAGGAGGUCGUUUGUCGCGCAGCAACUCCAUAAGUCGAGCGGGUGCCAUAGAUGCGCGGAUGAGUGCAUCGGUUAUGGUAGUGCCUACCACUUCUGCCAGAAGAAGUUUGGCUCCAGUCACCGCCAAGGUGAACUCAUUGCGACGUCCCCAACAGCAGCUACAGCCCAGAACUCGGAUCUAUCACGAGACAUCGGUACAAACGGCCUUAACAAGCGACGAUUUGGACUUGGUUUUGGGUGGAGGUCUUCUACAAACUCGUUCUGUCGAGGCUGUCGAGCAAAAAGAUCAAUGUACCCAGGCUGAACCAGAUCAACGGGAUUUCGAUAUCGAACAGCUGCGUCAAGAAGUUCGACAAUUGAGUGGCAAACUGCAGCGUGAGAGGGAAGAGAAGCUGGCCAUGCAGCAGGAAUUGCAUUUGAAUACCGAACGUGUGAUGGGCAUGUUGGAAUUGGCUAGAGUAGUCAGCGCCAGUGCCGGAACACCCACGUCCGAGGACAGUAACGAUGGCCAUGAUAGCCUCCUGAUGUUGGAAUCCCAAAUUCAGAUGAGCGGACACGAGUUAUUCGAACGGCAACAGGAAAUUGGCCAACUGAGAGCCAUGUGUCGAGCCCUGCAAAUGGAAAUGCGUCGCUCCUUGGCCACACAGCAGCUCCUGUUGCAGGAGAAGGCUGCCAUUGAAUUGGAAUCGAGUGAAUUGCAAGAUUUCCUACAGCAUGAGAAGGCUGCCCAAUGUGAUGCUCUACGUGAACUGGAGGUGGAACAUCAGGCAGUGAAGGCCCAGUUGGCCAAUCGGGAGGAAGAGGCCAAGGUAUUGCGUGAUGAAUGCCGCCAUUUGGUGCGUCUCAAUGAGCAGAGGCGCCAGGAGAAUCGUUUACUUCAAACCAAAUACGCCGCCUUGGAGACCAAAUCAAGGGAAUUGAUCCAUCAACAGAAUGCCUCAGUUGCUGGGGCUUCCACAGCAUUGGCUGGCCUGCACUCACGUCUGGAUGGCCUUGUCGAGCAGCUGGUCUACUCCUAUAGCAUUUCCGAACAAGAUCUAGAGGACAUACGUUUCCAGACAGAAUCGUUGGCUGUCGAAAACGAACAAGUUCAACGACCCAAUGGUUUGGAUCUGCCAUUAAAUUCGGCCACAACUGGUGCCACCUUAAUGCUGGCCAGUGACGGUUCGUUGUCACCACAACGCAAUCAAUCCUUUAUAGCCGCUGUCAUCGGAGCCAUACGUCAGGCGACCACCCAUUCGGGUAAACGUCUCUCGCUGCGACAGGCUGGCAAACGUCAAGGUGGAACAGCUGGAACGUCACAGACUAUGACCACAUUGACCAACAGCCACGAUCUAAACCAACACAAUGGCAAUGGUGAUAAUUCCGAUUCAACUGAGAUGUUGGACUCGGAGACAGAACCUUGCCUGUUGAUGAUGGACAAUGUAUUGGAGGAUGUUAUUCAACCAGAUUCACAUUCACAUAAUAUGGUAUCCUCUUGCACGGGCAUGAUCUCUCAAAUUGAAUUGCCCACAGAACUGAUGAGUCAAAGUAGUCAUCUCCAUAAUGGAGGAGGCGGAGGAGGGGUGGGUGCAGGAGAUGAUUCACUGCAACAACUGUCCCAGGCCAUAACGAAUCGCCAGCAAAUGGAAUUGCAUAUAAAUAAAUUCAAUGGACUAGCCAUGAACCAACGAGAUCAAUGUAACACAGAGGAUCUAAGCUGUCAUGACUCUUUGGCCGAGUUGCCAUCCCUGAUGGAAUAUAGCACAGCUCAGGCAGUUGUGGAUCAGGUCAUAGAGGUGGACACUCUGGUAACCAAGUUGCUCAAGGUUUUGAGACUGGUUCAGUUGGAUAACGACAAUUGUAUACAACAAUUGAUUGUAGAUAAAAACAAACUACAACAGCAUAAGGAAGAUAUGCUGGAGAAGCUCAAAGACUUGGAGGAUGUUAAUCUCAAGUUGCAAGAUGAGCUUAUGGAUGCCACACAAGAGCUAAUGAUCAAGGGCAAUGAUCUUAGUACAGCAAAAUCAGAAAUGCAACGUCAUCGCAAUGAGAUCGAUCGUCUCAAUGAGGACAUCUGCACAUUGAGCACUCUAUGCAGCAGCUAUAAGAAAUUAUCACCCACAACGGAAUUCCCUCCCAUGCACUUGCUGUCGCCGCAACAAAAGGAACCCGACCAGGGUGACAUAAUGGGUAUAUUGAAUCUAUUGAAAAUGUGGCAAACUGGUGGCCAACUAAACGACAAACGUAUCAGUAAAUAUCUACAACAGAUUCGUGGAAGCCAAGAGUUGACAUCUCAGCCGCAAAAUAAUGUGGAACGUUUACGCAUCUAUGCCAAUCAAUUGGAGAACGUUACCCGUAUUCUAAAUGACAAUGAUUUGCCCGAGACACUGCAUCAACUCAGACAGGAUAUGGAAAUUGUUCGCCUCAAUGCCAAUUGGUCACAAUUGCUGGAACCCGAUCACAAUGACAAUGCCAAUACAAUGAAUGGCAAUGGCAAUCCUCCUAAUCUCGAUGCCGAUGUCAAUGUCGAUGUGGUUUCAUCAUCAAAAUCAUCAUCACAGUUGCCUUGAAUUGUGUCAAAGAAAGCAAAAGUUACAAAAUUUGAUUGUUAUUAAUUCUCUAACUAUGGUUAACUAAUCGAAAAAGUUACAUAUUUUACUUGUAGUUAGUUACAAAUGUUUGCGUCCGAAAUUUUUAAAUCUGAACAAAAAAGAACAUAAACAAGAACCGGUCCUGCAAAAAAACAAAAACAAAAAAACAACUUAAUAAUGCUCGAAACAGUCAAAUGCCAUGCCCUAGAAUAUCUUGAAAAAUUAUAUAGAAUAUUUAACUGAAAUCAAGAGAAAAGUAGUUACUCAUUUCUCAUCCGUCUAUCCUACGAGUAUUAUGGAGUUUUUAAAACCAUUGUAGAACUAGGCUAGAAACAAGUUUAUCCCAAGAAUAACUUUAGUUUAGUUUAAGGCAUUUUUUUUUUUGUGCUUAUCAAGAAAUAUUUAUCUGGCGUUGGUAUUUUUCGAGUGUAGAAUGCAUUGAGAGUCCUUUGGUGCAUUGUUAAGGCUUUUUUUUUUUGAGUAGAAGAUCUUAAUUUCAAUUCUGUUAAACGUUUAACAGAUCUAUUUACGUAAUACGUAUCCAUUAAGUGGUCAUCCAAGAUCUGUCAACAAAUUCCAAAAGACGUAAGAUAAACGUCUUUCCAUUCUCUCUCUCUCCCAUAAAUUCACCGCUGCUCAUUCAAACGGGCUUAAUUCUAUGCUCUCUUUUGCUCCCACACCAGCAACGAAAACUGCAUCACUCUCUCUUCUGCUCUCUCUCUUCGAAUCUCCCACUUGAUGGUUCUUUCGCAUCUUUUUCAGUUUUCAUUCGCCGAUUUUUUUUCUACUCGCAAUCAAAAUCUGUUAUAGCUUAAGUCAGUAUUAAUAUAGUUUUUGAAGGUGGACUUUCAGUGAGUGUUAAGAAAUCCGCCAUUGCGUUGCAGUCUGCGUAGGUGUUGGCGUCAGCAGUGCCAGUUGUUGAUUUGCUUGGUGUGUGUGAGCGAGAUGAAGAGCUUAAACCGUAAGUCAUACAUAUGUAGUUGCAUGAAGUAGAAAAAAAGAGCGAGAGGGACGAAUGGAGAAUAAAUCUUCUUAUUGUCCCCAAAAACGAAUUUACAGUUACAAUCGAUUGCUGUAGCAUUCGAUUCGACUGAUCCAUAUAUACAUACAUACAUACAUAAGCCCCAAAUCAGCUUGAUGAUGAGAAUAUAUUAACUUAUUGAUUGGGCAGAUAAGAUUUCCCCCCCUUACUCCUACUUAAUCUCUCUUGUUCCAUUUGGCGUUGAAAUGUUUUCUUUCGCAUUCCUGUUUCGAGUUGAUUGUUCGAACUAAUAAGUAUUAUAAUGCUUUACUGCCGAUCGUGUGUGAAAGUAAUAAUGAAACUGCAAAUUGUAUAAUUUAUGAAAGCAAGCUCGAUUUGUAUAAUACACGUACAAUAAAUAAGCAUAAACUUAAUGUAAAAAAAAAAUAAUAUU